AUGGUCGUCCACACUCAAUCCACGUCCACGUCCACGUCCACUACCCUCACCCCUACCACCUCUAACAAGCAGAUCCGCAACGAGUAUGUCACAGCAUGGCUCAGCCAACAGACUAUCGACCCCGUCGACUGCGACGAUUACCGCGACACGAACCAGAUGGAAGAUCACUAUGUCAUCACUGUCUCACAACAACACGAUCAGUACCUCCUCCAUCCAAGCGCCAUCGCCUCUUCAUCUCACAGCGCCUAUCGACACCUUCUCCCUCAAGCCAACCAUUCCACCGCAUCAACCUCAAGAACCAACAACCUUCCUCAAGGUCACCGUCGUUGUCUCUCCUUGAUGAACCCUACGACCUCACCGGUUACACCGACAAUGGCGAUCUCCUACGAAGAGCAAAUGCAACACGAGCUCAACUGGCAUCGCCAAAAUUAUCAGCCCCUCCACGCCACCACAGCCACCACAACUCCACAACAGUAUUCAGAAGCCCCCAUCCAUCCCUUUGCAGAAGAGCCCCUGGCCUACCACGAACCCCCUCAGCGGUCCGCAGAAGAACUUGCCUGGGAACGCCACAAUUACUACCUGCGUCUCCAGGCCGAGGAGGAGGAUCUCAUCGAGCGACUCCAGUCAGAUCGCAAGCAAUGUCGAGGACACUGCACCCAGAACAAGCCGUUGACUCAGCUCUGGCAGCCCCGCCAGGAUCCCUCGUCUUCUGUCGCCAGGACUGGGUCCCUCAACCGGCUCGCUGGCCCCUCAAUGCUUUCUGCGGAGACUUCGCGAGUUCUUGGUCUCUGCCGGACCAGCACCCUUUCGGCCGUCAAAAAAAUCGGUCGUGCUAAAAAGGACGCAACCAACCGCACAAGCCGCUCCAUUCGUCCAAUGUCUACCAUCACCGCUGCGAACAAUAACUCCACAACCAGCAGCAAUACUGUCGAUGACAACAUCUUGACUCAAGGUCUGGGAAUCCAUUCCUACGGACGCACUAUUACCACGACCUCGAACAUAUCCGCAGCAACUGCAUCAUCCUCAACAUUCUUCUCGUUCUCCCCCAAGGCUACUUUGUCUCCCUCGGUCACGACGGGUGGUGCAUCGUCGCCUUCUCCCAUUCCCAAGAAGCUGAUCAAGGAUCACUUUGGCCCCUCCCUCAAAUCCUUGGCACGUCGAUGCUCGACUCGGUUCUCCCGCAGUUCCUCCCGUCCCAACUCGUAUGCUGGUUCUACAGGCGACGCGGUGGCCGACUAUCCUCUUGGACGUCACAGCCUGGGCUCUCGCCCUUCACAGCAACAACACAAGCAGCGUGGUCACUUGUAUGACUUUAAGCAGCUUCCCACAGGACCCACCGGAGGAUCGACCGAGAUCUCCAAGUUAAGCGGUCGCCCACAGGAGGGUCACCCCCGGCGGUCAUUGACGACCGAGCGUGUCCCCGUCCACAGGACCGUGACGUUGUUCCGAUCCAAGUCGACACGCGCACCUUCCUCAGCUUCGAUGAUGGGGGCCAAGAAGGACGAUCGCAGCUCAGCCCCGAUCACGACUGUGCUCGACUUGCCGUAUCGCCCCCACCGCAACUCUCUCAGGUUUGCGAAUGGCCGCGGUUUGGACUUCUCGAGCACCCCCAGCCCCACCACGGCCAGCAGCAGCUCCGCCCACAGUGCCCGCAGCAGUGCGGAUACCAAGGCUGACACUGGAAGCAAUAGCGAGAACAAGGAGACGACGGCGGUCCCUGUGGUUACUGGUGCGCUUGUCGACAUCGAUUCGACGGUGGUCAUUUCGUCAGCGGCCCCCACGUCGGUUCUGAAUCUGGAAGAGCACGAGUCGAUGCGUCAACAGAUUGUUGCGAUUUUGUCGUUGGAUCGCAACGAUAUGCGUCGUCGACCCUCGUCCAGACCAAAGUCUCGCAGCACGACUCCUGGUCUUUCGUCUUCUUCCUCUGACCACCCUGCUCUCUCGGAGGAAUUGCAGGACGAGCAAGUGCCACAGGAGUAUCUCUCACCCCUGGCGGUGGAAGCUCAAGAGAUCCUGCCGGCGGACCACUUGAAGAUGAUUCAAGAACAGGAGGUCGCGGCAGAGCUUGCCGACCCUUGUGAACACAUUGCGUUCAUGCUGGUGCCCAAGUCUCAAUACGAAUUUCAGCCCUUGAUCGCCCACUAA